AUGACGGGGGAGCUGCAGCAAGAGCAGGAGUACAUCGAAAUGCCGCAAGACGACGACAACGCGGCGCGCGCCAACGAGCUGCCUUCUUUUGAACGCUCCAUGGAGCUAUAUCGCGCUUGGGAGCGGGUCUACGGCCUCGUGGACCCUGCGCAGCCGCCCGCACGUAUCGCCCUGCCGCCCAACGUGCCGCGCGCGCCGCACCUGGAGGACUGCUCGUCGCGCAGCGCAUUCCGCCAGCAGACGGAGGCGCGCGGGGCGCGCGGGGAAGCGCCCGCGUGGACCAGCGCGCCGAGCGGGUGCCGCUACCCGCAACCGCCUUGGGUGCGCGGAUCGGACGCCGCCAAUCUCGCCGCCACGCGCCAGGCGCAGGCCGACAUCUGGCUGCACCAGUUCCCCGCGCCCGCAUCCGCGCAAGCCGCCACUGGCAGGGGAACCUGCGGCGGGCGGCGGUUGCUGGUGGUGCCGUGGCCGAGCCGCAGAAACGGCAUCGGGUCGCAGAUUCACAUCAUGAGCGCGUGGCUGAAUCACGCCCUGUCGCACGACCGCAUUCUCGUCCCCACGCCCGGAUCAUUCGAGCGCGCCAACCACUCCCACUGCACUGGCGCGGACAAGGGUUCCUUCUCCUGCUACUUCUUCUCCCUCGUCUCCCCCGGCUGCGACGUGACUCACCACAACAACCCUUGUGUGCUCUUUGCUCUCGCCAACUCGCCUCCCUCCCCAUCCCUCCCCAACCCUCCCCAUCUCCUCCCAGGCGCGGACAAGGGCUCCUUCUCCUGCUACUUCUUCCCCCUCGUCUCCCCCUCGUGCGACGAAGCAGCACUCGAAGCCAUAGCAGCCGUCGCAGCAGCAGGGCCAGCAGAAAAGGGCGGGGCGCAGAGGGUGGUGAUGGGGGGAGGGGUGAGCGUGCUGGCCACGAGUCCCACGGGAAUGGGCGCGGAGGAGAUGGCGGCGGUAAUGGCGUCCGACGCGCAGAUUCUGCUGUUCACUGAGUCGACCUUUCCGCCCCAUUCCACCGCACUAGCUGCUAGGCGGUGGGGCACAGCAUAUCUGGAGAGCAGGGGGGACACGGAGGUGAUGGGGAAGGUGCGUGCGGAGAACCCUCCGUACCUGCAGGUGCACUGGUGGCGCGCGCAGUCCUUCCGCUUCAUGCUGCGCUGGCCCUCCGCCUAUCUCUGCCACCUCACCAACCGCGCCCGCCACGAGGCCUACGGCCUGCCUGUCUCCACCCGCCUCGUCACCUCCCUCUUGCAGCAGCAAAACAUCAUCGCCUCCCUCUCCUCCUCUUCCUCCUCCUCAGCUUCACCCUCCCUCCAAGACUCCCCCAACCCGGAUAAUCUCAAGAUCAACGCAUCAUCUGAAGCAGCCGUGCUAGCAGCUCUCUCUUUCUCCCCGCAGACCUCUCUUGAAACCAGGGCCUGGCCGGCUCUAGGCUUCGACGGAUGCUCCUCCGAAACCCACGUCUCUCCGGAAACCGCCCGUCAACUCGACCUCACUCCUUCCUCCUCCUCGCCCUCCUCCUCCUCUCCCCCUCUCACUUUCACGCCGCAAGGGAUUGUGGAUUCGGUGUAUGAGGGGGUGGGCGGGGAGGUGUACAUGCCGCGGCCGGUGGUGAGCGUGCAUGUGAGGCAGGGCGACAAGGCAAUCGAGAUGGAGCUCUCCUCCUUCGCCUCCUACAUGUUCCUCGCUCACCGCCUCCGCUCCCACACGCCGGAUCUGCAGUACGCGUGGCUUAGCACUGAGAUGGAGUCGGUUGUUCAACAGUCUCGAGCAUACAAGGACUGGACCUUCUUCUACACUCGCAACAAGAGGCAGACAGGCGCAACAGCCAUGGUGGCUUAUGAGCAGGACGCGGGUGUAGAGCUACUGGUGGGGGUGAGCUUUGCCAACCUCAUUAUAGCGUCGGAGUGCGAUUAUUUCAUUGGUCCCCUCAAGUCCAACUGGAACAGGCUAAUCAAUGGCCUGAGAAUGACGAAUGGACGCAUGAAUAGGGGAUAUGCAGCUCUCAAUUUCGGCGGGUGGUAG